UUAAAUAAGAUUUCUUCUUUUCAAGUUCAUUUUCUUGCACGUUAAUAACACAUAUUCUGCAUGAAUCUCUUAUAACUAAUAUUUUAUUCUUCGUUUGAGGACAAUGAAUCGCCAGAAGGAAUAUUGAACAUUUUUAGCCAGAGAUAUUCUGGCUAAAUUUCUCUAACUGAUUCGUUUAAACCAUCAUGUGUACCUAAAAUUGAAUGUAAGCGUAUACAUAAUGUUAUUGCCUAUCUGGAACACGGACGAGUUCCAUUAGCCUUGAGCCGACAUUGACCCGAUUUCGUGAGAAAUAUGAGCCUGGGUUAGUCGAGACUAGCCAUCCUUCGUUCGUGUCAUCUUCGAAUUUUCAAAUACAGUAGCUCCAGAAAAUCCAUCCACGGUGUUCGUCGAACCUUCCCUUCGUUUCGAUUGAACCAGGGAAAAGUGAAAGGCGCCUUGUUACUUUGCUACAUCAAAAUGUCUCGGAACAAGUAUAGAAACCCUCUUAUCUCUUUUUCACAAAGUAACGAGUUUAGUUCGAUCAGGAUAUAACGGGUAAACAUGUAAAAUUCUUACCAGUGGUGUUAUUCUAAAUGGAAUUUACAUCAAUGCAAUUCUAUUAUUUGCGUGUUACACAUCGUUUCCUCUUGGAAAAAGCUAACAGGAAUCCUGUACCGCAAUCUUAUCUUCCCCUCGGGUUUUAUACCGAGCGUAAUCAGGAGGUACACACAGCCAGUAGAAGCUAAUGCGUGGGCGAUACAUAAAAAAAGAAAGAGAGAAGAGAAUAAAAAUCAUAAUUCCGUCUAGUUGCGUUGCACGGUUAUUUUGUACAAUGAAACAGUCGAACGGUCGCAGCAGCACAGAUAGGCUCAAGUGGCCAAGGGGCACUUGAACUGACGAGAUAAUGGACCGAUUGUCGAGAAAGAGAAAGAAUCAACGAUACCAAACGGGGCAUAAUACAUAUAUAUAUAUAUAUAUAUAACGCGGUUGCUGCAACCGUGAUCAUUCAAUCGCACUUUCUUGUUUCUUUGCCUUCAAUGACGCAUUUGUGACGUCAAUCGAAGGAGCAAGAAGCAACCCUGGCAUACCUUCCAUUGCAUCUCUCCCUCCGGAAUUUCUUCGACCCGGAUAUUCGGUCCUUGACUCCUCGUUUCCAGCUUGAUGCUUCGUUUCACGAAAUACAUUAUUUUUCGACAAGGAACAAAGAAGCAACCGAAGCAACGCGUAAUCGUCGCCCACCGGGAACAUUUUACACAAUUAUUAUUUACAUCGACUCUAACCGCUAUCGUUUCUAUGUCGUCAUUAUUAUGUAUUACCAUUUGUUGUUCUCAAUUGUUUUAAUCAUUAUCUAUACGCGCAGUGUUGACCAUUUUGUAUGGGAAAUAGAGAUACAUUAGGUCUAAUGGUAUAAUUCUGAGAUUAGAUAAGAGCUGGUAAUGACGGUGUUGGUAUUACAAAAAUUUAUGUCACCUAGAACGUGUGUCGCCAUAAAAGCGGUCUCGUUGUCAUACUUUUCUUUUUUUACAUAGGACUGUUGAAGAGUAGAAUGAAAUGAGUUACUUCAGGCGAUCCUGUCGAACGAUAUGGUCGUUGCGAAUCGAUUGCGAAACAAUAUCGAAGUCAACGGAAGAAGAAAUCCCCUUAAAAAGAAGGUGAAUUUCGUAAAGAGGGUAGAUUCGAUCUACGAGUCGGACAGCGAGGAGGAUCGAAUGAUCGAUAAUUGCAAGGAGCAACGAAUUACGUUAAACGAAAGAAAAAAAUGUAAAGAAGAUCGUACUGUUUCGGAAGAUGACGACAGAGAUCCUUUUAAAUCGAAUUGCAGCCGAUUAUUUAAACCGGGUCAGCUCAUCAGGUUACGUUUCUCGUCUACCUCUCGCGUGGUCGAUGGAAUCGAACAUGGCGGCCUCUACUAUCGCGGACGCCGUGGUUGCGAUUGGUUCAGAGUCGAUGCGCUAUGCGUCUCGCGUAUUUCAAAUCGAACGACGAGGAACCAUGUGUUGAGAGGACGAUGCGUAUCCUCUCGAAAACGAAACGGUCGAUGUGACAGCAAGCGUCCCUCAAUUUCGAAAGUGAGCCAAUUAAAGAAACUGUCGCGGCAACGGUCGGGCAAAGAAUCGGAAGAGGAGACGGUCGUGGAGAAAUCGAGGAAGCAAAACUCUGGGACGUCGUCUUCGGGCGUACAAAUCACGCGUAAACGACGCGUCGGCAUCGUGGAGAAUCAGUACAUCACCGAGAGUGACGGCGGUUCAUCGGUAUGCGAGUUGGUACGAGGUUUCGAACGGUUGUUCGGUGAGAGAGACGCCGGUAACGGGGUCACGAUGAAGUCGAAAAAGCAACAGAACGUCGUGGAAAGCGUCGUGGAUCCGAUCGAAGAGAACGAGACUUACGACGAGUUCGACACGGUCAGGAUGCCGGUAGUAAGAUCCCUGAGCAAAAGCCCGCAAAGCGACGAGGGUAUAGAGACCGACUCUGAACGAAGGAGAGGCUCCAUGGCGCGUUGCUGGAGCCUCGAUUCGGCCGCGGCCAGCGACGAGGACGCAUCGCUGACCACACACCAACAGAAACGACACAAACUACGGGUCACUAGAUGCUGUAGCUCUGAUAGCGCGGUCUUGAGCGAUGAGGAUCAAAUAAAAGGAUGGGACAGCACAAAUAUGGUAGAGGGAAGCGAGUCUGAACAGAACGAGGGAAGACCCAGAUAUUGGAGAACUCCGAGCGUAGUGGUCAGUGAUUACUCAGAUUAUUCUUAUCUUGAUGAGAAGCUAGAGAGAAACGACUUGGAUGUUGAGAAGUACGAUGGAACCAGUGGAACUCCUAGUCAAGCGAGCAGUUGUUCUUGCUUGGAUUGUGACGAUAUAAGAGAGUCUCUAGACAAUCAAUACCUACAGGUCUGUCGCAGUAGAAGACAUUCGGAUUCGUGCUGUCUGUGUCUUGAUUCCAUGAAUGCAGUUGCUAUAAGAAAUUAUAACGAGGCAGGAAAUAGAAGGAACUCCUGUUUGGAUAAUCCCGAUGCUUAUUACUCCAAGCUAAACUCUCAGUUUGUACAGUACACACCGGACAAUUCCUCAGAGCUGGAAGAGAAAGCCAAGGUAUUUCUGAACAUUCCACCAACACGGAAGAUCUCAGACUGCUCUAUCACAUCUAGCCUUAGCGGGGAUGAAUCUGAUGUCCCUGAACUGCAACAAGUUAAAUCUACCAAGUCUUCUGGCUGGAGAAAACUUAGGAACAUCGUUCACUGGACACCAUUCUUCCAGACCUACAAGAAACAACGGUAUCCCUGGGUACAAUUAGCAGGGCACCAAGGAAACUUCAGAGCAGGACCAACGCCAGGGACGAUUUUAAAGAAACUCUGCCCCCAGGAGGAAGCUUGUUUUCGUUUGUUGAUGAACGACGUGUUGAGGCCUUACGUGCCGGAGUUUAAAGGUGUAUUGGACCUGAAGGAAGCAGAAGAAGGUAACGCCGAGGAGACUGAGUCAGCAGAGACGCUUCAAAAGGACGGUACCGGCGGAGACGCUAUAAACAAAAGGACAGUGGUAUCCUCUUACUUGCAACUCCAGGAUCUCCUCGGUGACUUUGAACAUCCCUGCGUGAUGGAUUGCAAGGUCGGCGUCAGGACGUAUCUCGAGUCGGAGCUUGCCAAAGCCAAGGAAAGACCUAAGUUACGAAAAGACAUGUACGAAAAAAUGGUACAAGUGGACCCAAGCGCACCGAGUGCCGAGGAACGUCGCGUGCAAGGGGUGACAAAACCAAGGUACAUGGUAUGGCGAGAAACGAUAUCCAGCACUGCCACUCUGGGUUUUCGCGUUGAGGGUAUUAAACUUGCUCAUGGAGGCUCGUCGAAGGACUUCAAAACGACUAGAACUCGAGAACAGGUGACAGAAGCGUUGAGACGAUUCGUGGAAGGUUAUCCGCACGCAGUACCCAAAUAUAUUCAGCGUCUGAAAGCGAUCCGAGCCACGUUGAAGGCGUCGCCGUUCUUUGCUUCCCACGAGGUAGUUGGAUCUAGCUUACUAUUCGUUCAUGACGCCAAAAACGCUGGCAUAUGGAUGAUAGAUUUUGCAAAAACAUUACCUCUGCCUCACCACUUGCCACGUAUUCAUCACGACGCUGAAUGGCAAGUGGGAAACCAUGAAGAUGGCUACUUGAUAGGCGUGAACAAUCUGAUAGACAUAUUCCAAGAUAUAUGGAACUCUGAAGAAACAUAAUUGCACCGCAUUUCCCUUCAGGACACACGCAUUCGAGCUAUAAACGAAGAGAAUAUCUAAUCAAUAACAUGCAAGCUUAUUUAUCUGUAGAGGCUUUCUAGUGCAUGUUGUGUCCGAUAGAAUAAGGAUCCAAUAACAAGGUAAUCAUCUUUAAAUCACCUUACCUCGCACAUCAGUAUUAGUGUGUUUCACUAUUGAAUAUUUAUUCUUUUGGACUAGGAACGUGCGACCCGACUAGUCGGGUCGAUUCGGAAAACAUCGGGCGGGCGUCCGAGACGCAGUCGGGUGGCUCGACUAUUUCGGGUUAGGUCGAGUAUAGUCGGGCUGAUUCGGACGAGCUCCCGCGGUCCGCCACCCAAGCAAUAAGCAUGUUUAAAAUCUAUUUUGUAUAAAAUGAACAUACAGGUGACACGGAAUGAAAUUCACUUCAAAUAAAUUCGUUACAAGUAUUAUUUUUCCACAUCAAAAUUAUCCUAUUUCAAACUUCCACAUAAAACAGAUUUUGCACAUGCUUAUUGCAAGUAUUAACGAGUAUACAUGAGAGUUGGAGCUCGUCCGAAUCAACCCGACUGUACCCGAUCAAACCCGAAAUAAUCGGGCUAUCCGACGCCCGACCGAUCCCGCCCGAUGUUUUCCGAGCCCGUAACAUCGGGUACCUGCACAUCCCUAUUUUGGACACAGCCUUCAUCCGGAAAGUCUCUAUCAAUAAGUACAAAAGAAAAGAAAAUUUGACCUCGAGAAACUGACGUACAUACAUGCUUAUUCUUAUUUGCACACGUAAAUUCACACGUCUCUCUUCCAUUCUCUUUUUCUACGAUACGAAGUAAAAAUAUGUACAUAAAACUCAUGAACUGGUAGGAUGUCUCUUCGACGAUAUCUUCUCUCACGAGUAACGGACCAAAGACGCGGUAGCGAUCUGCUGCCUAGGUAUUCAUAGUAAACUCAUUUACAACGUAGACCACAAAGAGAAUCUGUAAAAAUAAUUUAAAUGUUCUACCAUUACAUAAUAAGGUUUAUUUAUACGUGUUACAUUGCAACGCUGCAAGAAUCUUCGUGAUAUAAGAAAAAAAAAAA